CCAGUUUUGUUCUCUUGGACUCAUCAUCAAGAUUCAAACUUGCAGUCUGUCAUUAUCUGAUAGGGCACUUUUCUGUUGUGCCACCCAGGAGACCAGAUCUUGGUAAAAUCUUGAAACAGUAGACGUGUGUUGAAAAGCAGACAUUCGGGAGAUGCUAGAAGAGCAGUCACGUCUGCCGCCAGCUGUCACGCAAGUCAAGGAGACUCGUUUUGUCAUUCCCAAUGUCAUAUGAACACUGCUGCAGCUCGGAUUGCUUCCUCAAACCAACAUUUCCACCAGUGCCAGUGCUUGAAAGGUUUGAGUUUCAUGGACUGCUUGCCACAGAAUCAAUGAAAACUUGUCACCAGAUUCUUGAAACCUUCUACAUGUCUUGUGACCUGGUGUAUUAUUAUGCUGGAAGUGUCUCGUGGUUCAGCACAGCAGAGGCACUAGUAGUUAUUUUAGGGCCCUUGACAGGUCAUAGCCAUCCAUCCCCCACCCCAGAGAUGUUAUUUCGAGGAGGUCACAUUGGGGACUCUGUCCGAGUGUCAAAUGUGUGCCAGGAAAACAUUUUCCACACAGUCACACUGUCACCAGCUUGUAUUCUUGGCACCAGUCAGGAUGGCUCCAUGGACACAGGUUGCUUGCACCAACUUGAAAUAAAAAGAACCUGAUAUAUCUAAUCAAGCUUUUUACUAUCUUCAGAGGUCCAGUUUGGAGUUCACUGGAAAGUUUUUGUUCUUUUUUGUUGACAACAGGGCCAUGUGACUUGGUCUUCUACUGUUGCAGCCUUUUCUAAGUGGUACAUUCUGACAUGGAGUUCUGCACAACAGGGAUAAACUUGGAUGUAAUCUGACGGGUUGUGGUCCUUCUGUUUGUACAAUUGCCAUAGUUCUCAAGUUGUUUUCAUCCACAGGAUUAUCAAUCACUGCCAUGGCGAUAAUUCCCACCCUCACCGUCCUCGUCUCUCUGCUUGUCUGCGGUGCAGGUGCAUCUCCUGUAGAAUCUCCGCCCCCUCCCAAAGGGUGUGGCUCAGGUGUCCAUCCAUCUUACCGGCUUCUGUGUGACCUUGAGUCUGUGUGGGGGGUUGUUUUAGAGGCCGUGGCAUGUGGUGGCGCCGUUUCGGCUCUCGUUCUUUUUGCCGUUCUCCUCUCAAAGCUGAAAAUGGUGACUGAGCCAGAGCGGCGUAGCGGUGUAGGACCUCUCCUGCUGCUGCUGCUGAGUACCGUGGGUCUGUUCUGCCUGUCUCUGGCGUUCAUGGUGGGACGCGGCGAGACAGUGUGUGUGUUGCGUCGCGGGCUGUGGAGCUCACUCUUCGCUCUGUGCUUCUCGUGCCUGUUGGUGCAGGCGCUGCGGCUACGGAAGCUUGCAACGGGGAAACGCAGCCCGUCAGGUGGCUCUCUCUCGGCGCUGGCGUUCGGCAUUGCACUCGUGCAGGGAGUCAUCAGCGGAGAGUGGCUGUUGCUGACGGUGGCGCGCGAGGGCCGCAGCGCCUGCGAUUACCCACCACUGGACUUUGCACUAGUGUGCGGCUACGCAUUAGCACUGCUGCUCACAUCCACAACGGUCUCACUCGGAGUCCUUCUGUGUGGCGUGAGGCACGUAGAUGACGCAACCAGGAAGAAGAGACGCCGAUGGAGUUGUAACGGUGUCUGGCUUUUCCUCUCCUGUCUCGUCUCCCUCCUUGUUUGGGCAGCAUGGCUCGGGUUUUACCUCUACGGUAACGCUGCUGGAAAGAGCACCACGACCAGCGAGACAGACGGCGAAGAACCCGCUCUGGCCAUAGCCUUAGUAAUGGAGGGAUGGGCACUGCUGCUCUUCCACGCCAUCCCAGAAGCCCAUCUGUGUCUGCGAACGACCAAUCAGAGGGGCGAUGAAGGGGGCCAGGAUUACUACGACGCACGACAACCGCAGUCUUCGCAUGGUUACCGUGACGAUGAUGAGCUGCCAGCCAAUCACAGAGCAGCAUACACAGAAAGACAGACGUUUUCCAUAGAGGAGCACAGUGCAGGCAUGCAGGCCGGAGGUUACCACGCUACAGUAAUACGGCCCACACCUCAAUUCCGAAGCCACGUGUACCAGCCCACUGAGAUGGCCCUGCUCAUGAACGGAGGAACGAUUCCAACGGCUCCCCCGAACUACACAGGAAGGCAUCUGUGGUGAAUCGAAUAAGCACCCGGAUGAGCCACACUCUGUGUGAUGUCACAGGGUCAAAGGGCAUACGGUGUGGAGAGGGUAAACUAAUAGAUUUACUUAAGCUGUGCAUUCAUAUGAUAUUGUAAUAAUGUAAUAAUCUUUCUAAGUUAACCUGAACCUGAGCGAUGGUUUCCGUGUGGACUGUGCAGUGAUGUUGCACUGGAUGGUGACAAAUUACAGCUGCUUUCACACGCGCGUUUUUUUUCUCUUCUCACUGAAGCGACUCACACACCGCGUACACAAUAACCAUGACAACACUCUUACCAGUACUCACGAGUAGACGCUAACUAGCCAGUAGUAGCAUUAUUAAUAAUAAAGAUUCGAUUUAUUUUUUUUAACAUUUAGUCCUACUAGGAUGAGGCGGCUUGUCUGAGCUUUGGCUUGGGAGACGUUCUCCAUGUGCAGUUAUUGUAUUGAUUAUUGGGCUCUUUUAGUUGUUAGCUACGUUACUGGUCAGGUGAAUUGAAUGGGUUUAAUCCGAACUUCAAUAACUCAAUAACUUGAAUCUAGUGACAGUUAUAAUAAAAAAAAAAAGGCAAAAUAUCACUUUGAAAAUAUCAGUUUCCAAAUUUGAUCACAAAUACGUUCACGAGAGAAACUCACAAAAUGUCCCCUUAUGUUUUAUUCAUUUAUUUAACCAGUUAAUAUUAUGAUUAUUGCUUUGUGAUAUAACCACGACGAAGGAUUUGUGUGCUACUAGAUUGAAAUUUUUACUCCAGCCAAACCAGCCCCAUUUAAAUGAAGUACUAAUAUAAUUUAAAUGUACAUGCUAGUAUAGGUUUUUUCCACUGUUUUCUAUGUACGCUGCUAUUGAAUAUGGAUUUACAGCCCUGAAGGUAAAUAAUGAGGAGAACCCAAUAAAUAAUAAUUAAUUAUGCUUGUAAAUCUAUACUGAGGGAGACUGUGAACAGAUUAAUAACUACUGAUUUACACCAGUGUAUGCAGCCAUUAGUGGCAGUGGAACAUCAGAAACCAAUAAACGUCCCAGCAGUAACAGUUUAUCUCUAGUUGCAUUCCAAUGUUAAAAUAUCAACAUUGAAAAUAUCUCUGGUGGAACACAUCGUAAAGCUCGUCAUAUUCACUCACUAACAAGACGUAUUUAUUUCUCCCAGCGCUAUCCUCCAUGUUUGUUUUUCUCGCGUGUCCUCCGAGCUGCGAUCUGAUUGGUCGGGAGAUUAAAAAGUGUGUGAUGUCACUCGGCACUUUCCUGAAAAUAAUUUUACACUUCGUCCUGAAUAAAGCCAGAGAAGUUCAUUUGAAAACUCUACACAGUAUAAACCCCGCAAAUGACGUAACAGCUAAAUUCUGAGAAAGCAGACAUCAUCUUUUUGUUCAGUGUCUCAAAUUUUCCAUUUUCUUACCAAGAGACUCAAAUUUUAAUAUUCUAUAUUCGUCUCAUAUUAAGAUUCAGAUCUUUAGUACAUUGGGAAUAUUAACGCGGAAAUAUUUUACACAUUUUCUUUGCAAGAGAAUCAAAUAUUAAUAUUCUAUAUUCUUCUCAGAUCUUUAGUACAUUAGGAAUAUUAAUGCGGAAAUAUUUUACCCAUGCAGCGCUGCGCAAAAGUCUUUUUUUUAAUACAAUUUUGUCUCAAAUGUUUUGUCUGCAUUACUGCAUCAGUUAAAAAAAAAAAGAGCAAUUUUUAGAAUUACAAAUGUUUUUGCCAAAAAAAAUGUAAGUAAAUUUUACAAAAAAACUAUUAAAAAAAUAUAUAUUACAUAAUAGACCACUUUUCGGACAAAAGAUUCGUAACGAAGGCCGUCAGGUUUUAGCUGUAAAGACAGAAGAACUGCGGCAGAUUCUCCACGAUGCUCAGAAAAACUUUCCAGCUAUUAAAACUGCACAAAUGAUACCUGAGACUGUUGACGGAUUUUUAAAGGCAAAGUGUUUUCAUGCCACAUACUGAUUUUUUUUUUAUUUAUUACUGUUUGCUGCUCUGUAGAGUAGAUAUUAUAUGUAGAAAACAUUUCUGAAGGUAUUUUGCUUUGCUUUACUGCAUUUCUUUAGACUUUUGCACAAGACUGCAAGUGGAAAUUUCUCACAAAACCCAAAUAUAUUCUUUUUCUAAUAGAUUUUUUUGCGUCACUAAUAAGCACCUUAAAGAAACUAACAAGAAAAGCCUAAGCAUGAAUGCCAGUAUUAUGAAUGCUAUGAAAUUUUUUUUUUCCUUUACAUCUUGUGUAUAGAUUGUGUUUCUGUUAUCCUUGUUCUUAUCCUUUUUUCUGCUAUUAUUAACUUGUCCUCUUGAUGUAAAUUGCUAUGUGUGUGUAAAAUGCGAGAGUGAGAGGCAGGACGCAAGCAGCGUGGUGUUUAACAGAGCAAAUCCAGUAAUCAUUAGCGGGGGUCAGAGAACAGGCAGACAGCAUCAGACGAGGAUAAUCCAUGAAGAGAAGCGAAAACACGAGCAAAGAAUGAAAACGCAGAACAGGAAACGGGAAAACACAGAACGUAAUCAGUACAAAUGAGACAAAGGAACAGGAGAGCAAACCUGCCAAGCGAACUGUAAAGGAAAUAUGGAGACUGGUGAUGGAAAAUUGGUAAAACUCUGAAUUACAAUGAGUCACUCCGAACCAUUAAGAAAAGGCUCUCUACACGUUUCCUUGUAUGAAACGAGCUUUAACUCGAUGCUGGAUGGAGAUAAAUUGGUUAGUGAGUCCAGUGUUGCUGUGAUGACACUCUGCAAUGCGCCAGUAUUUUAUGAAGCAAACUUUUUUUGUUGGUAUGAUUUGGGUGUCGAAAGAAAAACGUGAAAUUCGCAUUCACGACCAUUAAACUGCAGCAAAGGCAAAAACAAACAAAAAAAAAAACGUGAAACGUGAGACGUGACAGGUGUGGGAGAGCAGAAAUAGAAAAACUAAUCAAGGGCUGAACUGCGAACAGGUGCACACAUUAGGUAACAGACCAAUGACAGGAAAGGGGCGGAGACAGGACCAGAAUCAAAACCAAGAGCAUAUGGUAAAGAAAAGGUGAAAUCGGAGGAGCGGUUUCUGACAAUAUGAUGAAUGUAAAUUAUAUAUAUAUAUAUAUGGGUUUCCUCCAUGUUCUCUGGUUUCCUCCGACCUCCCAAAAACAUGCCAGUAGGUGGAUUAAUUAAGAUAAAUUGCCCUUAGGUGUGAAAGAGUGUGUGAAUGUGUGUGAGUGUGUAUGGGGUGUAUCCCAAUCUCACAGCUCCUGACGGGGAUAAAGCCCUUACCCAAAGUGAGAGCGUUAAAAUAAAGAAAGAAAAAUGCUGUGAAAAAAAAAAAAAAAACGCCAGAAGCACCACCAUUUAAAAACCGUUCGCAUCCCUCCAUCUUAAGUCCUGAAGGAUUAGAUUUAAAACGUGGGUGAGAAAAAAAAAACCCGCCGACGUGAAAGCAGCUGAUAUCAUUCUGACGUAACGUACUGUAUUAAUAAUUUAUUAACUAGCCAGUUUUGCCUGUUCUGUUUCCUAUGAAGCACUAUUUGGGAUAUGUUUACCAAUAACACUUCAGUCAAUAAUGAUGUUAACAAUAUAAAAGAAUUUAUAUUGACAGAAAGAAGGCGUUUCUUUUUAUAUUUUCUAACGGCUCAUUUGGUUAGUUGGUGAACUUGUUAGAAAUCUGCUUAAUUCCUAACACAGGGAUGAAGACAAUCAGAAAAUGUGAACUUUUUCUUCAUUUAACCAUAACUUUCUGUUGCCAUCAUUUUUUUUUUAGUCCUCACACAGACUAUUAAAGAGUUUUGUAAAAAGUAAAAGGCCAUAGUUUUGAUAAGAAAGGCUGAUGUGAGAGUCUGUGUUUUGGUUUUUUUUGCUAUUCAGGGACGUGUUUCUGUGCACUUUAAGACAUGAUGCUGUACUAAUGCAUAUUCUCAUUCAUUUCCAGCCUUGGUGUUGAAUAGUUUUUUUUUUUUCUUU